CACGACGUCGCUUUCACACAAACACGACCGCCUCGGAAGAAUAGCAAAGUCUAGAAAACAAUCCAAGAAUUUUUGCGUCACAUUUAACGUUUUUGUGCGGCCUUUCAUGUUGUAUUUCUAACCAAACGCAGUUCAAGGCGUUUCACCUGCAGUUACUCUGACUGACCGCUUGAUGCCGCUGAUGCGAAACGCCAUGACAGAAGACAAACAAAAGCAGCAACGUGGAGGAAAAACAGACCCCGAACGCAAAAUACAGAUGAGGCAGCGUGUGUUCACCGGGGUGGUCACACAGAUGCAGGAGCAUCAUGGGAUUGUGGAUCAGGAGGUUCAUUUCCCUGUGAGUGUUGUGGUGGGCCGUGUGCCCCUGGUGGGUGAGAAAGUGUUGGUGAAAGCGGUCCAGGACCCCCUGAAGCCCAUCAGCUGGACGGCACAGAAAGUUCAGACGCUGAACGGACAGCCCUUCAAAUCUCCUCCUCCGCUGCUGCCCUCCAUGUCAUCUAAUCCGAAGCCUGGCAUUUUAGGGACCAAACCGCAACCUCUGCUGAAAUCUCCCAAAAUACCACCACUGAUUCCCAGCAUGCAGCCGAAUCCUGGUGGUAUGAUGCAAAUGUCCUGGAGCGGUCCGUUUGAUGGUUGGGCUGGAGGACGGAAGAGACACGCUGAGGUCAUGGGAGGACGCAGAGGUGGACGCUGGGAGGACGGCGGCGGAGGGCCGUGGGGAGGAGACGCCAUGCACCAAAAACGAAAAAGAUGGAGGACCGCCUCAGAGGAGGAAGUGCCCAAAAAGAGCAGCUCCGUAUCCACACACAGUGCUCCGUUAUUCUCCAGUUUCUCCAGGGACACCAAGGCCUGUGAUUAUCUGGAGCUUCAGCGGCGGUACCCACACCUGCACCUGCCCUCCAACCUCUUCCACCUCCAGCUGUCCUGGACCGAGAGUUUCCCACUCGACCAGCCUCUUCCUCUGAGAGGACCGUGUCACUUUCACGUGGGAGCAAACCAGCCGGAGAGUGAAGCAGAUGUUUGCGAGUCCACAGAUGAUGCUUUCGCCGUUAGGGUUCUGUUGUUUUCUAUGCCGUGCCUUGAGGACUUGUACUCGCAGUGUUGUAACCUCUCAAAGGAGGCCGUACAUCCCACUACACUUCUCAAAUUUGUGAUGCUGGACAGUGGAGGUCAACUGCGGCUUCCAGGAGGUCACUGGUCACCCAAAGCAGACGGAGCGAAUCCAGUGAAGGACGGUUCGACACUGGUCAACACUGCGGUCCGCUGCAUAAAGGAUCAAACCGCUCUGGACCUGUCAGCCUGCACGCAGUGGCACAAGAUAGCGGAGCUGAGAUAUCUUUCCGGAGAUAAAAUGGAGACGGUUGUGGUGUUGUUGCCAGAUGUGUGGAAUCUAGUGCCAGCAGAAGAAGACUGGGCAAAAUUACCACAAAAACAGCUGGAUGGUGAUUUGUCACUUCCAGAAGGUCCGUCUGUGGUUUUUCACCCCUCCGCUGGACUCAAUCUGUCUGUCGUGUCUCUGUCGUCACUGCUGGAGCCCCAGACGCCUCAGACGCGGGACAGCUGUGAG